CGAGCGCCGCGCUCUCGCGCUCGUGGCCCAAGAGGCCUUACACGACAAGCAGAGCCCCUUUAGUAGAGCGAAGACGGUGGGCAGAGCGCAGGUGGAUUUCCCCCGGGGCUGCGUGGACUCUGGGCGAACCAGCGAUGACAGAGAAAAAUGCGUCUCUUUGCUGGUCGUCCGCCUGAUUGUACUAAGGAAAAGGCAGACGUGGAGCCGGCGAGCCGGCGGCGCUUCUGUCAUGCUUGCUGAUAUCGACACGCUUUUUUACACCUACGAUUGUUUGACCCUGCAGCAAACCAGGCCAAAGGACACACUUUCAUGCGUCUGCCUUCAGGGACGAUCCUAAACGGUCGGUCUUCUCACAGACCACAAUUAACGCACUGUUCACCUGCUGUUAUGCCCCUCAAGGCCUGAAAAGAGCAGCAGUAAGGGGAAGGGAGGUCAUCAAGUGACAACAGCUUUUACACCUUCAUCUUGAGUUGCCUUUGAGAUAGCAUGAGCAGCUCCGUAUCACUCUUUCUUUCAGAUUCGCUUAAGCAGUGGCGAGAGGAGGGCAGGAUAGCCGUCUGGCUGCACGUCCCCAUCCUCCAAAGCAGACUUAUAGCCACGGCUGCUUCGCAAGGCUUUGCUUUUCACCAUGCCGAAUCAGACUCCUCCACGCUGACGCUGUGGCUAGGAGAAGGGCCCAGCAGGUUACCAGGGUAUGCCACGCAUCAAAUAGGAGUUGCAGGUGCUGUUUUAGAUGAAAGCACUGGAAAAGUGUUGGUCAUACAGGACAGAAAUAGGACUGUAAAUGCAUGGAAAUUUCCAGGAGGCCUUUCUAAUCCAGGCGAAGACAUUGGAGACACAGCAGUUCGAGAGGUUUUUGAAGAGACUGGCAUCAAGUCCGAGUUCAAGUCCAUCCUAAGCGUAAGACAGCAACACAGACACCCCGGGGCCUUUGGGAAGUCAGAUAUGUACAUCAUCUGUCGCCUGGAGCCUUCCUCCUUCACCAUCAGCUUCUGCCAGCAGGAAUGCCUGAGGUGUGAGUGGAUGGACCGCGAUGAGCUUGCCAGGACGAAACACACUACUCCCAUCACCAGCAACGUAGCUAAGCUGUUACUUUAUGGAUACCGAGAAGGGUUUGAUAAGAUUGAUAUAACCAUGAGAGAGUUUCCAGCUGUUUACACAGGCCUGUUCUACAAGCUAUACCACAGGGAGCUGCCCGAGUCCUAUAGAAAUAUUACAGGAUAGGAACAAAUUUCACAUUUUAUUGAACUAAUACUUUAGAAUGUUUACUGUCGAGUUAUUUGGACCAUGUUAAAAUAAUUCAUGGACUACUUUUAGGAUGAAAGUCAAUAUUCACUCUUAUUUUCUAAUAAAGCGAUAGAUAAGUUAUUUUAAAUGGUAAACAUUCCUCUACGUGUGCAUCAGAUUAGUUUUCCUUUACUCUAUAAAGCAAACGUAAGAUAAAUAAAACAGCUCUAUCUAGAUAUCUAGUAGAAAACAGGUGUGUUAUUGAAUCUGAACAUCCGAUAUAUUUUCCAAGUAAGUUUACCUCCACACGCACUGGCACAAUAGGUUUAAAGAGCAAUAUAAAGACAGUAUGAAACGUUCAUGUUUUUAAUUAGACAACUGCAAAAGUAGUUAUAUUAGCAAAUAAUUGCUUGUAUUUCUGCUAGUUUAGAGAGGAGUAGGGAACUAC